AUGGAUAAACAGAAUAUAACAGCGCUAAAAUAUUUCAUUCUGCUGGGAAUCACAGACCGUCCCGAGCUGCAGGUUCCCUUCUUCGGAUUGUUUCUCAUCAUUUAUGGGACCUCAGUGGUGGGCAACCUGGGUAUGAUCAUCCUCACCUUAAUUGACAGCAGGCUAGCAACACCCAUGUACUUUUUUCUCAGACAUCUGGCUUUCAUUGACCUUGGUUACUCAACUGCUGUGGGACCAAAAAUGUUAGUCAAUUUUGUAGCUAAUCAAAAUGCAAUCCCUUACAACUGGUGUGCCACACAGCUAGCGUUCUUCAUCAUGUUCAUUAUCAGUGAACUUUUUCUUCUUUCAGCAAUGGCCUAUGACCGCUAUGUGGCAAUUUGUAACCCUCUGCUCUACAGAGUGGUCAUGUCUCAAAGAGUAUGCUGGAUGCUGGUGGCAGUCCCCUAUCUCUACAGUGCCUCUCUCUCUCUGAUAACCACUGUAAAAAUAUUUACUUCAACCUUCUGUGGUGAUAAUGUCAUUAGUCAUUUCUACUGUGACAGUCUUCCCCUGUUAACUUUGCUAUGUGCAAGCACACGUGAAGUUGAGUUGAUAAUAUUGAUAUUUUCAGCAUUUAAUUUGAUUUCCUCUCUUCUGAUAGUCUUUUUGUCCUACGUCCUGAUUCUUGUGGCCAUCCUUAGGAUGAACUCUGCAGAGGGCAGGCACAAGGCCUUGUCUACCUGUGGGUCUCAUCUGACAGUCGUGGUUGUACUAUACGGGACUCUGUUCUUCAUGUAUUUACAGCCUAAGUCCAGUCAUUCCUUUGAUACUGAUAAAAUGGCUUCUGUGUUUUACACAUUGGUAAUACCCACGCUGAACCCCAUGAUCUACAGCUUGAGGAACAAAGAAGUAAAAAGUGCCCUGCACAGGGUAUGGAAAAAUCUGUGCAGAACUCAUAGGUAG